CAUACAUUUUUCGUACGAUACGUAAAUAAGCGGGCAAGUGAUGAGUUCGAGCGCCGAUGCCUGCGGGGACAUCGGCAGUGGACGCGUCCUGCAGCGUACGUCGUCGCCGAAACCGAAGGGCUAGAGCCGACUCGAGCGACAGUUAACCGGGUUGGGGAGGGAGGAUGGAGAUGCGCCCCGUUCUCGUGGCGAUCUGCCUCCUCUUCCUCGCCCCCGUCACCAACUCUUUCUGGACCAUUGGCAAUCAGCUGGUGAUGGACCCGAUGCUCGUGUGCAAGAAGACGCGUCGGCUCAGGAGCAAACUGUCCGACAUUUGCCGCAAGGAGCCCGCGCUUCUCAAACAGAUCACGAAGGGCAUGCAAUUCGGAACGAGGGAGUGCCAGUUCCAGUUCCGGAACCGUAGGUGGAACUGCACGACUUUCAAGCGGUCGCUCAAGAAAAUCAUCCUGCGCGACACCGGAGAGACCGGCUUCGUGAACGCCAUCAUGGCUGCCGGGGUGACUUACGCGGUGACGCGGGCCUGCACGAUGGGCGACCUCGUCGAGUGCUCCUGCGAAAAAAUGACUCCAAAGAGUAGUCGCUUCGGGAAGCUCGGCAGACUCGCCAGCCGGAGCAAACACCUGCCCACGGACGCGGACUGGGAGUGGGGCGGCUGCGGGGAUAACGUCAACUUUGGCUUCAAAAAGUCGAGGGAGUUCAUGGACGGGCCCUACAGGAAGCGCAGCGACAUCAAGACCCUUCUCAAGCGACACAACAACGACGCGGGCCGCUUCACGGUGCGCAACUUCAUGCGGACGGAGUGCAAGUGCCACGGUCUGUCGGGCUCGUGCACAGUACGGACCUGCUGGCGCAAGAUGCCCUCGUUUCGCGAGGUGGGCAACCGGCUGAAGGAGUCUUUCGACGGCGCGGCCAAGGUGAUACCCGGGAACGACGGCCACAGCUUCAUCACGGAGGGCCAGACGAUCAAGCCACCGGGGCGCUUCGACUUGAUCUAUAGCGAGGACUCGCCCGAUUUUUGCCGAGCGAAUCGAAAGACGGGGGCCCUGGGGACUCACGGUAGGCAGUGCAAUGCCACCUCCCAGGGAGUCGACGGCUGCGAGCUGCUCUGCUGCGGGAGGGGAUACGACACGAGGAUCGUCAGGGAGAAGGUCAACUGCGAGUGCAGGUUCAGGUGGUGCUGCGACGUCACCUGCAACACGUGUCUCGUCAAAAAAACACUUAAUACGUGCCGUUGA